GUCAGUGGCUUAAUGAGCGUCUUUGCCAAGCUAGAGGCUUUGGCAACAUAUGUGACUACAGUGCCUCUGUUCCUCUCUGUCUCCAGCCUGUAUGACACAACACAGAACAGGCUCAGCACUCUCCAUUUUCCUGCAAAGCUAGUUUUACCCUAACUCAUGGUUUCCUCUUUCUUGUGGAUGUUGUUACCUGGAAUGGAAUAUUUACACCUCUCAUGGGGACCAGAGCUGAGAAUGAAGUGAAAUCUUGUACCGCAUCUUCUUCGUGCCAGAGAAAUGAACUGAGGACGUACGGGGGAGAGAGAGAGAGAAGACUUGUUUCUUGAGGACAAAGAUUCAACCAUGAAAGCCAUGAGGUUGCAGAGGAUUCUGGGAUUGGUCGCCGCACUGGGCGUGAUCACCUGUAUUUGUGCCUUUCAUACGACUGCAGCCGUCAUCAUCCCACUUGAGGUUUUAGGUCAUGUAAACAUUGAGCAGCUGCCCACCAUAACAGCUCAGUCGCCCAGCUCUCUCAUCGCCUUCCCGUUCGACGAGAGCUUCCCCAUGACGUGUGAAGCCAAAGGGAAUCCCGAGCCAGAAUUCAGAUGGAUGAAGAAUGGCCAGGAAUUCGACCCCUUUCUAGACCCCCGGCUGAUGAAAGAGGAGAAUUCUGGGACCUUUGUGAUACCCAAUAAUGGGAACCUUACAGAGUACCAGGGAACCUAUCGCUGUUACGCCUCAAACAAACUGGGGACCGCCAUAUCGAAGGAGAUUGAGUUCAUUGUGCCCCAUGUCCCAAAGUUUCCUAAAGAGACACUUGAUCCUGUUGUGGUGGAGGAGGGCCAGCCUUUUACUUUGAAAUGUGACCCACCUAAAGGAAUACCUCCUCUGCAGAUUUACUGGAUGACUAUCAGUCUUCAGCACAUAGAACAGGAUGAGCGGGUGUCUAUGGGCUUGAACGGAGACCUUUACUUCUCUCACGCCGUGGAGAAGGACAGCAGGAGGGACUACUGCUGCUUUGCCGCCUUCCCGAGAAUACGAACCAUCGUUCAGAAGAACGCCAUGUCUGUAAUUGUCCAGACAAAAAAAAGUGACACCAGUCCUGAAACUGCCAAUGCAAUCCUUCAGAGAAGACCUUCUCUUCUGACGCCCUCUAGUGCCAGAUCAGAGACACAGCUGGUCAAAGAAGAGGACUUGAAAUUGGAGUGUAUUGCUGAGGGAUUUCCAACUCCACAGGUUGAGUGGGUGAAGGUGGGUCAUCGACUUCCCAUUAAAGCAAAACUGGAGAAUCAUGGGAAGUUGCUGAUUGUGCCGAGAGUCGAACAGGAAGACAGUGGGAAGUACAUGUGCAAGGCAAAGAAUGCACUUGGAGAAGCUGUCCAUUACUUCACAGUGACAAUAGAAGAGCCUCCAGAGUGGGUGUCUGAGCCUGAGAGCCAGCUCAGUAUGAUUGGCUCAGAUGUGCUCAUCAAGUGCUCUGCCAGUGGGACGCCUCAGCCGACUAUAACAUGGAGGGUGAACGGAGUACCUCUGCAGGAGGCCCCUGCAGCCAACAGGAAGGUGUUGGGUGACACCAUACUUUUACGCAACGCCAAAGCAUCUGACAGUGCAGUCUAUCAGUGUGAGGCCUCCAACAGACACAGAACGCUCCUGUCCAAUGCAAACAUCAUGAUAAUGAAUCUGCCUCCCAUGAUUUUGACCAAGGAGGGGGAAGAUUACUCUGCCGUCGAGGGGAAGGGAGUGAUGAUGCACUGCAAGGUCUUCAGCUCUCCUCCAUCUACUGUCACUUGGAGCAAAGACGACUCCUCUGAAUCCGUGGAGGGGCCGAGGUUUGCCGUUCACGACAAUGGGUCGCUGGAGAUCUACAGCGUGGAGAAAGGCGACACAGGGCAGUACACGUGCUUAGCUAAAAACACAGAAGGAUCGUCUGCCAUCGACACCAUGCUCUAUGUGAAAGAUCCCACUAGAAUAGUCGUACCCCCGGAGCACCUGCAGAUCUUAAUAGGUACCACGGCCCAGCUCUCAUGCCUCGCAGAGUACGACGAGUCCUUCAAAAACGACAUUGAGCUCCUGUGGGAAAAAGAUGAUAUGGAGAUAGCCCUCAACUACACUGAGAAUUCAAGAUACUUUGUGGAGGAUGGCAUUCUCCAGAUUAUCAAUGUAAGCCACUGGGACCAGGGUGUGUACACAUGUGUGGCAAGAACUCCGGUGGACCAAGACACAGCCUCAGCGUGGCUCAUCGUGUUAGACGUUCCUGAUGCACCAGAGUACUUGGUACUGUCUGAACGCAAGAGCAAAAGUGUGAAACUGAAAUGGAACCCUGGGGACAAUCACAACAGCUCAACCACAGAGUUUAUUAUCGAGUAUGAGGAAAGCCAGUGGGAGCCAGGGAACUGGAAGGAGCUGCUCCGAGUACCUGGGAACCACAACUCGGCCGUCCUCAAGCUCCACGGCAACGUCGACUAUUGUUUCCGUGUGUCUGGGGUGAACUCUGUAGGCAGGGGUCCAUCCAGCGAGCCCACGGAGAGAUACAAACCCCCUGCGGCAGCUCCUGACAAGAACCCUGAAAAUAUCAAAAUCGAAGGUCAUUUGGCACAUGAAAUGGAUAUCAACUGGGAGCCCUUGUUACCCAUUGAGCACAAUGGUCCCGGUCUGGAGUAUAAGGUGAGUUACAGGAGACAGGACUUGGAGGAGGACUGGCAGGAACACAUGGUGAAGAGACACUCGUUUGUGGUGAAGAACACUCCCACCUUUGUGCCCUACGAGAUCAAGAUCCAAGCAAAGAACAAUCAGGGCUGGGGCCCCGACCCCAAGAUAGUGACUGGCUACUCAGGAGAGGACUUUCCCUCUGCUGCACCUGAUGAUGUAGCUGUGGAGGUGAUGAACAGCUCAGUGGUCAAGGUUAGCUGGACGCGUGUACACAAGGACAAGUUACAUGGACAUCUGGGAGGCUACAGGAUAAACUGGUGGCGUCUGCGCAGUCUGGUGGACUCAAAGAAAAGCCACGGAGACAAACACACUCUAACGAUCCCGGGGGACAGGAACCAUGCUGCCGUACCGGGACUAACGCCCUUCUCUGAGUACAGCCUUAUCGUCAUGACCUUCAACGGGCGGGGCAACGGCCCGGGCAGCCAUCCCGUCAACUUCAAAACCCCAGAGGGAGUCCCGGAGAAAAAUCCUGUUUUCAGGGUCACAGAUGUACAGAAGCACACUGUCUCUUUGGUCUGGGCACCGCCAUUGGAGCCUAAUGGGAUUCUCACCGGGUACCUCCUGGAGUAUCAGCUCAUCAAUGACACCGAGGAAGUGGGCCCCCUGCAGACAGUAGACAUCAGCAACCCCGACACCACCAAGUGGACCCUGCGUGACUUGGAGCCUGUGAGCAAAUACAAGUUGUACCUGCGCUCCUGCACCACGGUGGGCUGCGGGCUCGUUGUCAGCGAGGAGUGCACCACUACCCUGGAAACAACUUCCACUUUGGCUUCCACUGUUGGCCUCAGCAAGUCAGCUUCCCCCUCACCUCCAAGCACUCCAAAGUCCCCAGUGACCAAACCCACUCGUUCCACCAUAGUCCCGGCCUUGUUGAAUGUUCACUCAGCUGUUAGUGACAGCUUUGCAAAUAUCAGCUGGAUUUCUGGAGGAGAGCACAGGGAGUUUUAUAUUGCAUAUAUGAACAACCGUGAGGGUCUCUGGAAGAUAUCAGAGGCCUUAAACACCUCUAAGAAUUUCCACAUCAUUGACGGGCUGGAACCUGGGGCAGAGUACACUGUGCGCCUUAUAAACAGCCGGGUUGAUAAUUCUAGUAUAUUUGAAGAUGUUAUCUCGACCGGGUCAACAGGUCUGGCCAGCAUCCACGGAGGAAUAUCCACCCAGGGCUGGUUUAUCGGCCUGAUGUGUGCCAUCGCUCUCCUCACACUCAUUGUGUUGAUCGCCUGCUUUGUCAACAGAAAUAAAGGAGGGAAGUAUUCUGUAAAAGAAAAAGAGGACCUUCACCCAGACGUGGAAUCCCAGGGCAUGAAUGACGACACAUUUUGUGAAUACAGUGACAACGACGAGAAGCCACUGAAGGGCAGCCAGCACUCGCUGAGCAGAGAGAUCAAAGCAGGGGACAGCGGGGACAGCCUGGUGGACUACGGCGACGAGGACGUUCAGUUCAACGAGGACGGCUCCUUUAUCGGCGAAUACGCCGGGCGAAAGGAGAAGAGGGUGUCUGCUGAGAUCAAAGCCACCGUUCAGACCCCGGCAUGAGGAGCAGAACCGCCAUCCAUCCAUCGUCCCCCGGACACCGUUUUCAUUAAACCUGCUGGGAGGAACAAAUGAAAGAGGAAACAGACAUUAUCCAUACCGAGCACAAGUUUUGUGUCAAAUGUAAUGUGUCAUUGCCAACUGCACACUGCCACUCUCAUUUUAUAAAGCUCUGUUUUGUCAAGUUGCAACAGAAUGGCCAUUACUAAAUACUGUGUAUAUAUAGUGUAUAUUGUAUGUGCGAAUUGUCUUUUUUUUAUAAUUAUUAUUACACAAAAAAUUUAGAGGGCUUGGAUUUUUUUUUUUUAUCUCCAUUACUUCAGCUGCAGUACUGUUUGUACAAAUGUUUCACUCUCCAUUGCACAUCAUUAUAUGCAGCUUUGCCUCCGAUGUCAUCUUGUAGCAGACCACACAUAAGUGGGCAUAUCAAGUUGAUAUUUUUCAAUUGGAGUGAAUAUUACUGACCUUUUAUAUUUGAAAUGGAGUCAUUAAAUAUGAUGUAAGAUGUGUAUAAAGGUUGCCUAUUAACUUAUUUUUUUCCAGUGGUUUUAUACCUGACAAAAUAACAAGGACAUUUGCAUAUCCUUACAUAUCACAAACACUGAUUCUCGAGUCAUGAAUCACCCUGUGAUGUUAGAAGAAAAUAUAAUUUAGUUAUUAUGUCUUGUUUAGCAUUUAGAGCCAUUGGACAGUAUAAAUCACAAACCUCAGUCUGUGCUUACCGUAACAGCCCAUUACACGUCACUGCUGUAAGAUCUGGAAGACUUUCAAAAAUGUAAUCCAUGACACGUUAAAACUGUGUUAGAACUAUAAUUACAGUUCUGUCCAGUUUAAAGACAAAAUAUAUUACAAUGCUACUGCUGCCAAUAGCUGGUGGCAGGCAGGUCGCCACAAAGUCUUUAAAGAAAUAAUUUUACACAUUGGGCUUUUUGUUCAGAGAGUAAAUAUGAAGCUACGGCUAGCAGUCGGCUAACUUAUCUUAGCAUAAAGACUAGCCGUUUCCCUCUAUUUCCAGUCUUUAUGCUAGGCUAAGCUAACUCAUCCAAACAUUUCCCGAGACAUCAAACGAUUCCAUCAAAGCGGUACUCCAGUGAUCUGUUGUUUUUCUUAAAUAAUGUUGGUCAAAAUCAGAACAGUCCCUAGUGUACAUCAAACUCCAGUGCUAGAUCCCACACUUCCCAUAAUUCAUCUUUCUUUCAUUAGAAAGAUGCUAUCAGGUAAAAACCAGAGUCUUUCAAAGUCCCCGCCCCCAGUAACGCACUCAUUUGUAGUCUAAAAAUCCUAACCCUGGUGACAUCACCAUGACAUCAUCAGGGUUAUUUUUUUAAACUCCAGAGCGGUAUAUGUCCGCUGAGUAGUUCCCUCCAUGAUCAAUAAACGUAACUAUUUUCAUGUGUGAAUUGGUGGAGUGCCCUUUAAGAAGAAAGUGUAUAGUUCCUGUGAUGGAUUAGACUCUUUUUGUAAUCAGAUUACUGUAAUCUGGCUUCCUACCCUGCUGACAGACAAUAUACUGUAGUCACACACUGUUACACCAGUCUUAACAAGCCUGACUCUGUUACUUUCAAUAUACUGCCAAUCAAACCACAACCACUAUGUUGUUCUGCAUUAACUUUAGCACCAUAUUCAGAAAAUUUGCAAUGUUUUGUAAAAAUUCAGCCAUUGCAUGUUAAGAAUGUUAAUUGGUGUUUUUUGAUGUCAUUAAAUUGCUUUACUUUCUUA